AUGAAGAUGGAAGAACACAUGCAAACAAUAGCAGGGUCUAAGAUCGCAGUAAUUAUUUUAUCCGAAACAUACACUGAGUCUACUUGGUGUCUUCGUGAGCUUGAAAAAAUCAUUGAAUGCUACAAAACUUUUGAUCAAAUAGUUCUGCCCGUAUUUUACGAGAUUGACCCACAAGAUAUCGCUCGUCAGAAGGGUGAUUUCGGAAAAGCGUUGGAAGAAGCUGCACAGAAAAGUUAUUCAGGAGAAGAACUGAAACAUGCCUUGUCCAGGUGGAGACUGGCACUCACCGAAGUUGCAGGUAUCAGUGGUUGGGAUGUCAGCAAGUUUGGGCAUGAUGCUGAACUUGUGAAGGAUAUUGUUGACCGUAUUCAGACGUUACUGGACUACAAAUACUUGUCUACUGUUCAAUAUCCCGUUGGAUUAGAGUCCCACGUGGAGAAGGUGAUUGGAUGUAUUGAAAAUCAAUCCACCAAUGUCUGUAUCAUAGGCAUAUGGGGAAUGGGAGGAUCGGACAGAGGCUAUGUUACAGAGAUACUAAAUGGCUGUGGACUACAUGCUGAUAUGGGAAUAACAGUUCUGAUAGAAAGUAGUCUCUUAAAAGUUGAUAAGAACAACAAACUUCAAAUGCACCCUUUGUUGCGAGAUAUGGGAAGAGAAAUUAUUCGUGAAAGGUCUCCAGUGAAUCUUGGGAACCGGAGUCGAUUAUGGUUUCACGACGAUGUAAAAGGUGUACUCACAAAGAAUACUGGGACAGAAGCUACGGAGGGAUUGUCCCUGAAACUGCCUUUAACCAUCAGAGAUCGCUUCGAAGUUCAUGCUUUCGAGAAAAUGGAGAGAUUAAGACUGCUGCAACUGGAUCAUGUACAAGUUGCUGGGAGUUAUGAGUACUUUCCUAAACAACUGAGAUGGAUUUGUUGGGCACGGUUUCCUUCUAAAUACAUACCAAACAACUUUAAUAUGGAAAAUGUAAUUGCACUUGAUUUAAAACAUAGUCAUCUUCGAAUCGUUUGGAAACAAUCCCAGGUUUUGAGCUCACUAAAAUUCCUUGAUCUUAGUCAUUCCCACUUCUUGAUGGAAACGCCUGACUUUUCAGGACUACCAAGUCUUGAAGAGCUCAUUCUCAAAGAUUGUCCAAGUUUGUGCAAGAUACACCAAUCCAUAGGAGAUCUCUGCAAUCUACUACUCAUAAAUUUGAAGGACUGUACAAGUUUAAGCAAUCUACCGAGAGAGAUAUAUAAGUUGAAAUCUUUAAACACUCUCAUCCUAUCAGGUUGUCUGAAGAUUGACAUUUUGGAAGAAGAUAUAGAGCAGAUGGAAUCCUUGAUAACACUGAUUGCUGAAAAUAAAGCAGUGAAACAAGUGCCCUUUUCAAUUGUAAGUUCAAAAUCCAUUGGAUAUAUAUCCCUGCGUGGAUUUGAAAGAUUGUCAGAUAAUAUUUUUCCUUCUAUUAUUCGGUCUUGGAUGCCACCAACAAUCAAUCCUCUAUCUUUUAUCCAUCCGUCUUGCAUGGGUAAUAAUUGGCGUGACCUUGCGCCAUUGUUUAGCGAUCUCGGAAAUCUUCGAAGUGUUUUGGUUCAAUGUGACACGGAAUUUCAACUAUCUACGCAAGUACAAACAAUUCGUGUUGAAUACGGUGUAAAUUAUACAGAAUUAAGAAUUUCAGAGCAUCACUUGAGGUUUUCUUUGAUUGGUGUUGGAAGUUACGACAAGUUCUUCAACACUCUCAACAAAAGCAUAUCCGAGGUUCCUUCUCGCUUUUACCUCUGUGGAUUGGCAAGGAGUGAGUGUUGUGAUAUUUGUCUUCCAGGUGACAACCAUCCUUAUUGGUUGGGCCAUGUGGGUGAGGGACAUUCAGUUUUUUUCACUGUGCCUCAGGACUGUCACGUCAAGGGAAUGGCUUUGUGUGUUGUUUAUUCAUCAACCCCUGACAUCAUGGCAACUGAAUGUCUUAAAAGUGUCUUAAUUGUUAACUACACAAAGUUCACAUUCCAGAUACACAAGCAUGGCACAAUAAUUACUGAUAUGGAUUGGGAGGGCAUAAUAUCAAAUUUAGGAUCUGGGGACAAGGUGGAGAUUUUUGUGACUUUUGGUCAGGGAUUGGUGGUCAAGAAAACAGCUGUCUAUCUGAUCUAUGGUGAAUCAAAUGACUUUGAAAUGGAGCCUUGCUGUGAGCAGAAAAAUGCCCUCUAUAAAUUUAUAAAGAAAAUUGUAGUGUGUGACUGCUGGUAA